CAUGAAAGGAGAAGUUAAUCUAGAUAUCGUCUUACAAUUAGAGAGGUUACUUUAUACGAAUAAUGGUAAAAAUGUUAAGAAUGUUCAUCUUAAUCUAAAGAAAUGCGCUUUAAUUUGGGAGAUACUAUCGGAAACUAUGGAUUAUCAAAAGUUUCUUCCAUUAAAUCUAUCGAUAUCGGAAAAUCAAACUUUUGGUUUAUGCUUUCAAAGAUAUUUUAAAAUAUUAGACGAAACAAUUUACUAUCCAAGCCAGUCAUUCUUUUGGAUAAAGGCCAUUACUUCGUGCGCUCAUAUAUUUCGUUCUAUGACGGGAAUAUCAAGCGAUACAUGGUCCUAUUUCUAUUAUCAAUUAAUGCAUUUAUUAAAUAAUAAAUUUGCGUUGUUUGUUGAGAUUAUUCCCAAUAGUAUAAUGUUCUUUAUACUAUUGCGAUCGUUUGUCGCAUUCUUUCAAUGCAGCGUUGCCUCUAACAUUGAUCAUUGGGUUUGGCAUACGAGCACUACUAUAGCGUUCGAUAAACUAUGCGAAGAAGACUUCUUCAAGAACAUGACUGAUUCGCAAAUUGUAGAGAUAGCCGAGGAAAUGGAAGAAAUAUGCGACGGUCCAAUUUGUCAUUAUGCAAUAGCUCAAGAAGAUUUUACAGAAAUACAAAAUUAUAUGGCAAUUGAGAAAAAUUCUUCGGGAAAGUUUCAUAAACUAAAUAAGACUGAAACUAUUGAAUCAACAAAGAAAAUAUGCAUUAUUACAAGUUAUAUGAAACCUGUUAAUAAUCUGUUAUUGUGCCAAGUAUACAAGCCUAGUAGUGUCUUUGUUUAUAAUGGUAUUGAAUUCGAUACCAGAGAUAAUCAAGCAAAAAUUCACGCUUUGCCUACGUCUAACGAAGAGAUAAUUGACCUUGAAGAUGGACAGAAAACAGUAUUAGAUAAAUGUUGUUCAUCUUUACGUUUAAGGGAAGAGGAAAGUGAUAACAUGGAAACAACUGACAAAGCAAUUGUAAAUAGUAGCUAUAUUUCAAUAUCCUCUUCGGUUUCCGGUCAAGAAUCGUGCCAUGAAGGAAAACUUGCAGAGAUGGAUGAAACUCCUCCAGAUAAACAAUUACAAGAUAACGACGGAUGUCUAAAAUCAUCUGCUUCAAAUGAUUUAGCAGAUGAAACAAUAGUAAAAGUUAAAGAUCUACCAUCGUCUUCGAUAAAGUCACAAGAAGAAUUAGGAUUAGCUUCUAAUUUCGAACGACAUCUCUAUUAUGCCAGACGAUUUAACCCUAAGAAAACUCGGCCAUUUUCCUUAUAUCAAAUUGGUUAUUUCUUAUAUUCAACCUAUCAUCUUAUAACGUCUGCUUCAUCUAAAUCAAAACAAUCAUUGGAUUCACAGUAA